AUGAAAGUUCUUAACCCCUCCGAGAGCUUUCUCUGCGACCAUGAAGUCUUACAACAUCUCAUCGCGAUGAAAGCCCGUUACACCCACGUUCACGAGACCCAAGGUGCUGUGCAUGCUAUGAAGGCCGGAAAUCUUGAGACCGUUAUGAAAGAGGUGAAAGACUAUCUAUCUACCACACCAGCGGCGACACAGACUCAAAAGGACAUUGACAACUUCAUGAGCUCUGUGUCGAAGUUCGCACUCGAGAAGGCAGAGUUAUUGAUGAUAAUCAAUUCACGGCCUUCCAGUAUUGCUGAACUGGAUUGUUUGGUUGAGGAGAUGGACGCCAGGUUUGAUGAUCAAGGAGCACAAGAAUUAUUGCGCAUAGUCAAGACGACUUUGCCGGCAGGUCCAGUGGAAGGUGUGGAGGGUGAAAAUUCAAACUAG